AUGAACCAUCUGAAGCAAAUCCAUGCCUAUACUCUCAGAAAUGGCGUAGACCAUGCCAAAAUUCUCAUCGGGAAGGCACUUGAAAUCCCAAACCUCCAAUAUGCACAUUUGCUCUUUACCCAUACACCCACAAAGCGAACCGUGUUUAUCUACAACAAGCUCAUCCAAGCCUUCUCUCUCCAUGGGCAACAACAUCAAAGCUUAUCGCUCUACUCUCAAAUGCUUCUUCAGGGAUGCCCUCCAAAUGAAUACACUUUCAACUUCCUCUUUUCAGCAUGCACUUGUUUGUCUUCUUCCCUUGGACAAGCCCUCCAUACCCAUUUCAUCAAAUCGGGUUUUGAGCUCGACGUGUUUGCCUCCACAGCUUUGCUUGAUAUGUAUGCUAAAAUGGGUAUAUUGGAGUUUGCACGCAAGGUGUUUGAUAAAAUGCUUGUUCGAGAGGUACCCACUUGGAAUGCUAUGAUUGCAGGCUAUGCAAGGUUUGGGAAUAUAGUGGGUGCAGAGGAAUUGUUUGUGUUGAUGCCUUCUAGGAAUGUGGUUUCAUGGACGGCCAUGAUAUCCGGUUACUCUCAGAACAAACAAUAUGAGAAGGCCUUGGAGUUGUUUUUGAAGAUGGAAAAUGAGAAGGAUUUAAAGCCCAAUGAAGUAACCUUAGCAAGCAUUUUACCAGCCUGUGCAAAUCUUGGGGCACUAGAGAUUGGUCGGAGGAUUGAAGCAUAUGCCAGAAAAAAUGGAUUCUUUAAGAAUGUAUAUGUGAGCAAUGCUAUAUUGGAGAUGUAUGCCAGGUGUGGUAAGAUUGAUAUCGCUUGGCGGUUGUUUGAUGAGAUUGGAAGUUACAGAAAUUUAUGCUCUUGGAAUUCAAUGAUCAUGGGUUUGGCUGUUCAUGGACAAUAUGCUAUGGCUCUUGUGCUUUAUGAUCAAAUGCUAUAUGGCUUGCCUUUCACAUGUCUCUUUAUAGUUGUUUUGGUCUACCCAGCUUUUGUAAUGAUGGAGUUCGCUCAAUACUCUCUUAUAUUUGGAUCCUCUAGAGUUCUGAGAGAAAUUUAUAGGGACCUAAAUCACAACUCCCCUAACUGA